AUGGCUCCCACACAAAAGAGAGCGCCCUCGAAACGCUCUCGCGCCGCCCGCCGCGCAACAUCCCCCUCCAUCAACACCGACAAGUCCCUCAAAGACGUCUCCCUCCCCUCCGCAAAAUCCGACUCCUCCGCCUCCGCCCGCCCAUCCGUCCUCGCCGCCCGCCACUCCGCCGGCGUCACCAAAAAAUCCCGGCGCGGCCGCCAGCUCUCCGCCAAGGGCCGCCGGCGCCAGGAAAAGGGCCUCGAGAUGGCCGAGGCUUUCGUCGAGCGCACCGGCAAGAAGCUCGAGAAGAGCCUCGGCAAGGCCAAGGUCGUGCAGGCCCGGAGCAAGAAGUGGGACGACAUCAACAAGGACGUGCAGGAGACAAGGGCCAAUGCCUUUGCGGUGCUGAGUCAGGGCGGCAACGACGAGGACGGCGACGAGGCUAACGGUGGUGAAUGGGAGACGGACGACGACAUGGACGGUGACGAUGGCGCAAAGACCAAGACUACCAAUACUACUACAGCUGCGGUUCCUGCACCACCAGUGCUGGAUGAUGACGAUGACGAGAUUAUGUAA